CCGCUUAUCUUCUCCGGCGGCUCUGUCGGCGCAAGUCUUCCUCGUGCCGCGGCCUGUGUUGGCUUCCGCCCCCGACCCAGUGCGCGGGCGGAGCCGGGCCGGAACAUGGCUGCCUCCGGUCUGGAUCAUCUCAAAAAUGACUACAGAAGGAGAUUUUGCCGACCUUACAGGGCACCUGACAUUAAUAUGGAGGUAGGCCAGAACAUACUGGAAAUCUUACAAGACUGUUUUGAAGAAGAAAGUCCUUCCAAUGAUUUUAGCAAAAAUUCUACAAAAUCAGUGCUUUAUUCAACACCUAAAAUAAACGAUGUUUGUAUUCAGUCACCAAACAAAGAGGCUCAGUGCCAGAAAUCACAUCUAAAGUCAGUCCCAGUUUCUUCAAGGAAGAAAGAAGCUUCUCUGCAGUUCACGGUAGAACCAAGUGAAGCUGCCAACAAAUCAGUUCAGGGCCAUGAAGUUCAUCAGGAAAUUUUGGCAACUGAUGUUGAUUCUCAAAAUACACCUGACUCGAGAAAAAUGUCAAGUAAAAAACUAAAAAGUCAUCACAAUGAAGUCAACCAGGAAUUUUACAUAUCUGUUGGUUCACCUUCUGUUACUUUGGAUGCAAAAAGAUCUGUAUCGCAAAAUGCUCUUCCGUCUGUUGUCCAAAAGAGAGAGACCUACAGUUUUAAAAAUUCAGUAAAUAUACUAUCUUCAAGUACAGAGAUUUCUCAUAAAACCAAAAAAAGGUUAAACUUUGAAGAUGUUUUGAAGAAAGUAGAAAUAGAGAGUAAAGUAUCAGAAAUAGAGGAUAAAGUAUCAGAAGGACCACAAGAGAAGAAACCGUCAGGAACAUCUCAGAAAAGAAUACAAGAUUCAGAAUAUGAAAUUCAACCACAAGCUAAAAAGAGUUUUUCAACAUUAUUUUUAGAAACUGUAAAAAGAAAAGGUGAAUCCAGUCCUAUUGUUAGGCAUAUAGCAACUACUCCACCUCAUUCAUCUCCUGCAAAUGAUAUGAAGUUGUUAGAGGAUGAAUUUAUAAUUGAUGAAUCAGAUAGAAGUUUUGCCAGUCGAUCUUGGAUUACCAUACCAAGAAAGGCUGGGCCUCUGAAACAAUGCACAGUAUCGCUUGCUGAGAGCACUGCACUCCUUCAAAGUAAGAAGUCAACAGAAAAACAUCACAAUUUAUCACCUAUGACUUUGAGAAGUGACAGACAUUCUGGUAAAGCUCACCAAGGAGAGAAAUCUCAGCCCUCGGAACAAAGAAUACUGUGCAGGAGCUGUGCUUUGAAAGAUGAAAUGGAAAAUGAUGGUAGAUGUACAAAACAUGAAAUGUAUUCUGAGAAUGCAGAAAAAUCAUCUGGAAACAAAAGGACCAGAAAAGAAAAUCAGAGAAGAAAAUUUAAGGCCAAUGUAGUUGAAGAACAGGUUGAUAUGGAACAUUCCAAAGAUAAAAAUGUAAAUAUGCCACAUGUUGCCCAAGACAAGUUACAAAGAAAUUCAGACAGAAAUAUGGAAGAGUACGAAGAGAUGAGAAAUGUUCGUAUUUCCAAAAAACAGAUUCCACCUGUGGGAAGCAAGAAAAGUAGCACCAGUGUUCCUCAUUCAGAGAAUCAGAAAAAAGAUAAGAAAGGUAAAAAGAAACAUUUUUCAAAUGAGUCGAAGAAAAACAAACUUGUACCUGAAGAAGUGACUUCAACUGUCACGAGAAGUCGAAGAAUUUCCAGGCGUCCAUCUAAUUGGUGGGUGGUGCAAUCAGAGCAGAGUCCUGUUUAUAGCAGUUCUUCAAUAAGAAAUCAGUUGUCAGAGUAUCACAACAGUAGACAAAAACCUGUUAAAAAAUCAAAUCAGUCGUCUAAGAGUGUUGGGAAAAAAACUAUUCCACUUAAAGGGCAGAAGAGAGCUACUCAAGGCAGGUCAAGAGCACAGAAGUUUUUAAAUGCUAAAGAUUCUGGAGGAAUUACUGACCAUGAUGAAAUUCCCAGUUGUUCCCAGAAAGAGUCAGUGGAAAGUGACGAAGCAGACCUGGCCAAGAAGAAAAAUCUUGAUCAUUCUGGAGAUCCAGGAAGCCCAAAGGAUCAAGAUAAUGUUAUGACUGCACAAAAUGUUCGUCUGAAGUCGCAAACCAGUGGAUGUACAUGCAGGACACCAGCCGAGUUUAACUUGGAUUCUGGAGAGUCUAAGACUUCAGUUUUGGAAGAGAGUGGACCUUCUAGGCCCAAGAAUUAUUUAAUGUCUGAAAUGAAUAAUUCUGGUGUGGUUGAUGAGGAAGUUGAGGAAAGUUCAGAUGAUUCAAGAGUAAAAAGAUCUAAAGUAACACCAGAGAACAAAAUACAUCACAAAAUAGUAUUGCCCUCCAACACACCAAACGUUCGGAGGACCAAGAGGACGCGAUUGAAACGUUUGGAAUACUGGCGAGGGGAGCGCAUAGAUUAUCAAGGAAGGCCAUCAGGAGGAUUUGUGAUUGGUGGCAUACUGUCCCCAGACAUAGAAUCAUCUAAAAGGAAGGCAAAAGGAAACAUGGAAAAAGUCCACAAAAUAGUUAAUAGGAAAAGGAUCUGUCUUGAUAACGAUGAAAGAAAGAAUAAAUUAUUGGUAAAACUGAAUAUACCUCUGGGAGAUCCUUUGCAGCCAACAAGGGUAAAGGACCCAGAAACAAGAGAGAUUAUUCUCAUGGAUCUUAUAAGGCCACGAGAUACUUAUCAAUUUAUUGUUGAGCAUGGUGAGUUGAAAGUAUAUAAAACAUUGGAUACACCUUUUUUUUCUACUGGAAAAUUGAUAUUAAGACCACAUCAGGAAAAGGGAAAGCAGCAUGUUGGUUCAGAUAUUUUGGUUUUUUAUGUUAACUUUGGUGAGCUUUUGUGUACCUUACAUGAAACACCUUAUAUGAUAACAACUGGGGAUUCCUUCUAUGUUCCUUCAGGUAAUUAUUACAACAUCAAAAAUCUCCUGAAUGAGGAAAGUGUUCUUCUUUUUACUCAGAUAAAAAGAUGAAAGAUGAAGCAAAGUUUAAAUACGUGUGUGUGUAUAUGAACACACAUACACACAAGUUUGUACAGUUGAGACAUUUAUCUUUGUAAUUAUUUGUGAUGUUUUAAAAUAAAAAUUUUAUUCA